AUGUUGAAGAUCUGGAAGGCGUUGAAAAGACUAAUAUCUGAUCAGUGUAAACGAGCUAAGGCCGUGAGAGCGCAUGUACUGGCUCGCUCCAGCUAUAUAGGAUUCACACUGUAUACCAUUUUCAAGAGAGACAAGCAUCCACCGAGUUGCGAUUAUUUUCCCCGACCCGUGGUUCAGUCCUGUAAACUUAAACAUAGACACGAUAUCCAAAGGGAACAAGAAAGAUUGAACUAUUUGAAUGCAUGCUCCAUUGCUCAGGGAAACCGUUCAGGGAAUAUUAUUUGCGGUUACAAGGAUUGUAGCCAUCUUGGUUCUCGGCUCUCAGCUCCCAGCUAG